GCCCAUCUUCCCCGACUUCGACCGCCAUUCGACGAAAAUCGUCCAUAGUGUUCGUUGAACUCGACUCCAAGAUCGCGGCGACUUACUACAGAAGGAACAAAGAAUGUCGAGAGCUGUUCAAGAUGCUGCCCCACCAUUGCCUGCAGGAGAGAAGGUCACAUCUUUACCGGCGAAGAAGAAACAACCCUAUCCGUUUUGGCUAGGAGGUGUUGCGGCGACCAUUGCUGCGUCCAUAACACACCCAUUGGACCUCACCAAGGUCCGCUUGCAGGCUUCAGGGGACAAGCGCAUGAUCGCGUCCAUACAGAAGACCGUCCGAACAGCAGGAUUUCUUGGUCUCUUUGAUGGCAUCACUGGAACAUGGAUGAGACAGAUGAGUUACUCGGUCUGCCGCUUUUGGGCGUAUGACGAGAGCAAGAAAUUGAUCGGCGCUGACAACAAAUCACCAGCAUGGAAGCUUGCGUUAGCUGGUAGUAUGGCUGGUGGAAUUGCUGGCUUGGUUGGAAACCCCGGGGAGAUCGUCAUGGUCCGAUUACAAGGUGACUUUGCGAAACCACCAGAGAAGCGCUUCAACUACAAGCACUGCUUUGAUGCUCUCUUCCGGAUGGUGAAAGAAGAGGGUGUCUCUUCUCUGGGGCGUGGUGUUGGACCUAACGUAUUUCGUGCCAUCCUGAUGAACGCCUCCCAGCUAGCCUCCUAUGACUUUUUCAAGGCCGAACUGCUGAAGACUCCGUACUUCGACGACAACAUCUAUUGCCAUUUCACCGCCUCUUUCGCCGCGGGCACUGUUGCGACAACUGUAUGCUCUCCCGCUGAUGUACUGAAGAGCCGCAUCAUGAACGCCUCCGGACCUGGCUCAAACUCAACGAUGGCAGUAAUCCGUCAAUCUUUUGCCAACGAGGGACCGAUGUUCAUGUUCAAGGGCUGGGUACCCGCUUGGUCCCGUCUGCAGCCGACUACGAUCCUCAUCUUCCUCACCUUCGAGCAGUUGAAAAAUCUGGUGGAUUGGAAGAGAGGUACGCAGAAGACUCCGGAGCUGUGAGACGCGUCGGCCUACGACUAGACUGGCGACGGGCGGACGGGUGCUGAACGGCCAAGGGGCGAGUUUGUGCAAGUGGAACGAUGAGAGACGUAAGGCAGUGGAGGCUGUUAGGGUGGCGCAGCCUGUGGUCAUGCAGGGGCGGUGACGAGAGGAGACAGUGAGUGACCGGUCAGGAAAAUUGGCUGGCCUUCUGGUGGUGGUGGUGGUGGUGGUGGUGGCGGCGGCGGCGGUGGGGCUCAGUCAGAGCUGUGGUAGGUACCGCUGGUGUCAGUGUUCGAGAUGCUUAUGAUUUGGAACUGUAUGUAUGAUUGAUUGUACGUUAGAGUGGACGCGCCUCGCGGGAUCGGAGGAACACCCUACUUCCCAUCCGCACGUCCUUGUUGUGUACUUUGUCCGUGUUUGUUGAUUGUUGUUGUUGUCUAUGACCAUCAUAUCUGUUCUAUUCUGUUCUGUACUUACCUGAUGUGUACUCAUGCCGUGUACACAGCCGUCGAGCUAUAUAUCUCUGUACAUUUGACUGAUGGACUGAUGUGUG